CUUCGUAUCGGGCGGACAAUGCAACGACGAGCGCAGCAACAACAGCUACAGGAUAAGAGAGAUAGAUACUCACACCUCGUGCUGCCAUUGUCACCAUCUAGACUGCUGCUGCACUGCCCACUCAGAGCUCGCCACUCACACCACCUUGUGCCUCGAACCUCGCCCGCCUGCCCCGCACGCAAUGUCAACAAAGUUUGAAGGCAAGCCCAUCACCGGCCCCUACGCCAGAGGAUGGCGCGCAGGCGCAGCACGCUACCCGAUCCGCACGUUCCACUACAUUGCCUACCGCCGCCCCGAGUCGGCCGAGACAUGGUUUGGCGGUGCAGUCUUCCUCCCCCUCUCGGGGUGGGACGCGCACUCGCGCACCUUUGUACGGGGGAUCACCACGGUCAAGGGGGAGCGCAUCACGCGGCCGGAUGCCGAGGUGGCCGCGAUCGGGUGGAACCAGUACCAUGAUCUCAAGCUGGGCGAGGAGCGGGUUUUCUGGCCCGCAUACGACCGCAAGCUCGCCGCGCUGCAGCACCGCCGGUCCAACAUCUGGACAUCGGCCUCGGACGUCCCCGAGCCCACUGCCCCUGUGCCCGUGACCGACGAGCUCAAGUCCACCGCCCUGUGGAUCGCACAUGCGCGCGUCAAGGUCGUCGACGAUGCCAGCCCGACUGAGACGACGCCGGCGGAGGAGGACGACUUUGACAAGCAUGACGAGUGCGACCACUUGUUUUGGAGCGAGGUGCAGGGCAUCCCGAGCUAG